UAUGGACCUAUAUUUACUGUCUGGAUGGGAUCAAAACCAAUGGUUGCUCUUUGUGGAUAUGAGGUGGUAAAAGAUGCUUUGAUAAAUAAAGCAGAAGAAUUUGGUGGGCGAAGUCAUAUGCCCUUUCACAGACGAGUGUUCCAAAAUAAAGGAUUCUCUACUACUGAUGAGAAGAAAUGGAGGGAGCUACGACGUUUCACACUGUCCACCUUGCGAGAUUUUGGGAUGGGGAAGAAAAGAAUGUCUGAGAGGGUGCAAGAGGAAGCCCUUUGUCUGGUGGAGGAAAUGGCUACCAAAAAAGGGAAACCUUUUGACCCAAGAAGAAAUGUUACAAGCGCUGUUUCUAAUGUGAUCUAUGCAGUUGUUUUUGGCAAUCGACUUGAUUACAAAAAUCACACCUUCAUAAAGAACCAGCAGAUUAUGGAGUCUCAAUUAGGAUUUCUUGCUAGUUUCCUGGGAAUGGUCUACAAUACUUUUCCAAAAAUAAUGGAAUACUUUCCUGGGAAACACAUCAAGUCUUUUGCUGAGAGUGAAAAACUCUGUGGUUAUAUCCGUGAGGAGGUAGAAUUGCACAAGAAAACAUUGGAUCCUCAGAACCUGCGUGACUAUAUUGAUUGCUUCCUUCUUAGACUGGAAAAGGACCAGAACUCAUCUGAGGGUAUCUACUCUCCUGAAGAACUUGUGUUUACUGUGUAUGGUCUCUUUACUGCUGGGACAGUAACUACAGGCCAUACUUUGCUCUGCAGCCUCCUAGCAAUGGCUAAAUUGCAACACAUUCAAG